AUGAGUGGCACAACCUCGCCCAGCAAUAAGGGCCCAGCGUUUGCGCCGCCGCAGCUCUCCGCAGGCUGGAUCGCGCAGUGGGAUGGCGCCAGCAGGAAAUACUCCUACAUUCAGCUGUCUACUGGCGUAUCGCAAUGGGAGAUCCCCACCCAAGCCCCUGAGCUGAUUACGCACCCUGACGGCUUGCAGACGGUCAAGCGUGUAGACGGAAUGAUAGAGCCCAUUUUGCCAGAUGGCAUGGACGGACCUAACAGGGACCGAGGACUUGGUAGCAUGGCUGUCAAUGCCCUCCUCAGUGCUAAGAACGGCUAG